AUGCGCGCGCUCACCCUUCCCACGCCGCGCGACACGGUGACGUCGCGACCACGCAUUCGCUGCGACGCGUCCACGUCAUCGAACGACGCCCCGAGGCGCGUCGGUAGGAUUAAAUCCAUCGAAACCUUCCCACUCAAAGGUGCUCGAGGCGUGUCGAUUGAACAAACGACGGUUCAUAUCGGGACGAGCGUUCCACGCGAUCGAGAGUUUGCCUUGUUGCGGAGCGAGAACGAGGAGAGGUGGGGCUCAGACGACGUCGAGGCGUCGGCUGGGAGAAUCUUGCGAACAGGAGAAAAGAAGGAUGAGGGGCAUCACUCGAACAAGCACUUGUUUCAUCAGCUCAUCACCGACCCGUCGCUGGCAAAAUAUCGUGGAAUCGCGAUCGGUUCGAGAGGUUUGGCGAUCGAGUGCGCACAGAGCGGAGAGGUGUUGGUAAGGUGCGAGGAUUACGACGAGGAUGCGUCCGGAAGACGAGCGAUCGAGACGUUUUUCGCUUCGCGAUUGGAGACGGCGCGCGCGGAGGCGCCGCCGACGUUAACACGGGCAGAGGGACACUCGUUCACGAACGUCGGUGGACGGCCGAAAGAACAUGUCUUGCACAUAAAUACUGUUCCCAGUGUUCGAGCGGUGUACGAUGCGUGCACAAAAAGCGCUCCGGAAGGGAUGAGAGAGACCUUGGAUGAGUUCGCCAUGCGCUUUCGUCCAAACAUCGUCGUCGAGGACGAAUCGGGCCGUCUUCGCGCCUUUGACGAAUUCGAGUGGUGCAAUCGAAACGUGCGCAUUGGUUCGAAGUGCGUUUUACGUGUGAACGAACCCACGAUUCGAUGUCCCAGUACGCGCGUGCGUUAUGAAGAUUCCGAAACGGACGUCGCACGCCCGGAUGUCGACAUCCGAACGGACUUCCCAGACCUCAGAGCCUCCAUCUUCGGUCGAGACGCUAUCGAGCUCGCGAGUAAGGGGUCAUACCUAGGUCUCUACGCCGUCGCCAUCGUCCCUGGAUCGAUUGAAGUCGGUGACGACGUGUACGUCCUGUAG